CAUCAUUAUCAUCAUCAUUAUCAUCAUCAUCAUCAUCAUCAUUAUCAUCAUCAUUAUUAUUAUCGUCGUCGAUUUAAUCCUGUUACGAAAAGAGACGCCGGAGGAAGAGGAGGUUUAUUGUGGAAGUCAGAAGGGAGGGAUCGGUGUGCAUGAUCGGAGGAAGGUGAUUUGAGAAGAGAGAUAGAGAGAGAGAAAAAGAGAGCUGAUCAGAAACGAGAGAGUCAGGCCAGACAACAAACAAUAGACGCGUAACCUGGUGCUCCCGAUGGGGUCGUAGUUGCACGUGUUUGUAAUGUAUCUGACGAUGAUAGGCCAGCACGGCAGGAAGAGAUCGUCGUAGGGGGAUCGCCAUAGCUAAUCGUACCACCCAAGGUGGCAUAGAUUGAGAGCUCACAUCCUCUCCUGGCCGAGCACGAGUACCCAUCGACGUGCAGCUAGUACGCGCGCACCUAACUACUUGGUGCGACCUUUGGCACAUUCAUGGAUACAGAGUAAGAUGGUGUGAAGAACUUGAAGAUUUGAGGGUGCAAUUAUUGCUCGUUUGGAUUGGCGAAUACAUUCUAUUGGAUUAUCUGUAUUGGCCAUCCAAGGAGUCAGAAACCGAAGCCAAUACCACUGUCGGCGAUCAACAGAUCAACGAAUCAACGGAUCUGAUAUCGUCGAUCCCUUUCGAGCCUCUCGACCUCUCCUACUCGUUCCACGCCGCCUUCCCUUCCCCAUUGGGGCGCGACACACAGCAGCCGCUUCCGGCUAACCGGAAGUGACGCUCUAUGCGAACGGGUGACCACCGUCUUUCGUCGGGAUACCAACACCACGCAAACGUAGGCCAGCACUCCAGACAGGCAUCAUGGAAGUCGCUACUGAACUGUCGCCGUUAUCAGAAUCGGACACACAAUGCAAAAUCGUCGAACGAACUUCAUAUUAUCCUCAAGAGCCGAACAAGAGGCCGAAGACCAGACAGGAGAAGAUUCGAGCAUGUUUCAGACACAAUUUCCUGACCAUUUUAACAGUCGGUGGUGUGUUUGGAGGUGUGAUCCUCGGUAUUUUCUUGCGGAGCAUUCGGACCCAAGGAUGGACACCCCGCGAGAUCAUGUACAUCAAUUACAUAGGAGAUCUGUUUCUGAGGAUGCUAAAGAGCUUGAUCUUGCCGCUGAUUAUAUCUAGUUUGGUUUCUGCCAUUGGAUCUCUUGAUUUGUCAUUGAGUGGCAAAAUUGGUGCUCGUGCUAUAGCGUACUAUAUGGUGACUACUGUUAGCGCUGUUAUACUAGGUAUAAUUUUGGUAAUCACUAUACAGCCAGGUGUAGGUAACAAUCCGGAAAUCAAAACGAAAGAACAACCUCAAAACGUAUCGACUAUUGAUACCUUGAUGGAUCUGAUUCGGAACAUGUUUCCUCCAAAUUUAGUAGAGGCAUGUAUCUCUCAACAUAGAACGGAAAUGCAGAAACCGGAAAACAGUACAUCAGAUAAUAUGGAUGAGUGGGAACCAGUACAAAAGAUUGUAUCUGGAACUAACAUCAUGGGCUUGGUCGUCUUUGCCACAGCGCUAGGUAUAACAUUAGGAAAAAUGGAACAACAAGGCAAACCACUACUCGUAUUUUUUGAAUCUUUGUCUGGCGCCAUGAUGUUGAUUACUCAUUGGGUGAUUUGGUUGUCGCCUAUAGGUGUACUGUUUCUGGUAGCAGCCAAGAUAACGGAGAUGCAAUCUUUAGACGAAGUAGUUGCUCAGUUAGGAAUGUACUUCCUUACUGUCUUAUUAGGUCUCUUUAUACAUGGUUUCGUAGUUCUACCUCUGUUAUAUUUUCUAAUAACAAAAAAGAACCCAUAUGUGUACAUAUCCAAUAUGGCUCAAGCGUUAGUCACUGCGUUUGGUACAUCCUCGAGUUCUGCCACGCUUCCGAUUGCAAUUAAUUGUUUAGAAGAGCGAAACCAUGUUGAUCCACGAAUUACCAGAUUUGUCCUACCAAUUGGUGCCACUAUCAAUAUGGAUGGCACUGCCUUGUAUGAAGCUGUAGCUGCAAUUUUUAUUGCACAAGUACGCCAAGUUAGUCUUACUUUUGGACAGCUGGUAGCAGUCAGUAUUACAGCAACUGCUGCAAGUAUUGGAGCAGCUGGAAUUCCACAGGCAGGUUUGGUAACGAUGGUAAUGGUAUUAGAUACAGUUCGUCUUCCGGCUGAUGAUGUCUUUUUAGUUAUCGCUGUUGAUUGGUUAUUAGAUCGCUGUAGAACAACGGUGAACGUAGUGGGCGAUUCGCUUGGAGCGGGGAUUUUAAACUAUUUAAGCAGAAACGAGCUGGCUUCGUUACCACAUAAUUCACAGUCUCAGAAUGGAGCGGAUCAUCACACCACGACCUCUAUAUGAGAAUGAAGUUGUUAGUAAUUGGCAGAACUUAUAAAUGUUGGCAGGAACAAUGAACGUUCGCUUUUUUCCAAUACUUUGCUCGUUAAAUGUUGCACACUCCCAUUGAACUUUAAAUUUUAAAGUCGAAGACGAAGUUCAGUAAGCAUAAUAAUUCAGUAAGCAAGCAACGAUAAUACACACUAGCACAGUAUUGCUACUAUAUUGCGUUCUGUUUGUAGCAAUCAGUCUUCCAUUCUUUAAGAAGAGACUUUGAUGAUUCUUGUAUAACAUUAUUAGAAGAAUUAGAGCAAUAUUUUUUGUAUUUAACUGCACCGCUGCCAGAUUCGUUCGAUUAGAGUACAAAAAUAAUCAAAUGAUCUGAUCAUGUUUUAAUGAUCAUUUUCAAUUGAUUUUAUGAUAAGUUGCUAAGUCCAAUUAAAAUGAUGCCAAACAACGGAAUAGGAAAAUCUAUAUCUGUUCAAGUUUGAACAUAUAGAUAUUCUGAGAAAAAUGUGAGUCAAAAUAAAUCGAGCUUUUAAUCGAUUUGUCUAAUUAAUUGAU